AUGUAUACAUGCGCAAGAUACGUGCUUGAUAACGCGUCUGAGUUGCUUCUGAAGUGCAGGGGACGUCAGGUUCGGGUAAACAAGGGCAACAGCGCCCAGCCUCCGGCUCGUUUCUCGCACCUCGGCAUUUGCCGAAUUCACAAGCCUCGCCAGUCGACGAAUCCGCGCCUUGAUCCAAACCUCCAUCAAGCCACUGGGCUUUCCAUCUGUGACUCCAAAUUCAGAGGAUUGAAUGGCAGCACCACCACCAGAAGGCAUAGGUCUUCUCCCCCCAAUCACUGGGCGACGCUCACCGCGGUUAUAGAACUCCCUAUACUGGAGGCAUUCAUCAGCAUCCGCAACCGAUUGACUGCCCUCAAGAAAGACCGGGGAGAGUACAUCAAGGCCUCCGAUGUGAACGCGCUGUACCAGGCAGUAGUCAAGCAAGGCGUGCUAAACGAAAUAAGGAACGACGAGACUGUAUACAACAACCGCGUGGAUGCUACAUUGGCCGAUGUCUUCAGCCUGCUCUCCCUCUUCUACCUCACGAUCGGCAAGACGCGAGAUGCGCCGGCCACGUACUCCCAGCUUGCCUCCAUGAGGCAAAUACUGGAACACAUGAACGAGUCCGCAGUAUACAGCGAGAGCGAUCUCGCACCCUUCAGGCGGCGAUUGAAGGACGUCCGCCAAAUCAUCUCACAGCAAAGUUCCCGCAACGCGAUCACCAAGCUCCUCGAGCGUCAAGCAAAGGAAUGCGACAGCCUGCUCUGCUCUAUGGAAGCCAACCUCUCCGUCCUCUCCGACGAGCUCGUGCCGAUUCACGAACGUCUCGUCAAGCUACGGCGCGCGCUCGUGACCCUCGCCGCCAAGGAGGGCUCGCACAAGGCGGAGCUCAAGCCCAUCGCGGAGGAGCUGCGCAAAAUCGACGCCCCCCGCCGCAGUCAGCGCGUGGACGGCAAGUUCCUCACCCCGGGCGGCGUCGUCCCCGCAUCGCAAGCCAUCUGCUCCGCCACACUCGAGGAGUGCUUUGAGAUCGUGCAGGAGAUCAAGGCGCAAGACGAGAGCAAGAACGUUGCGACGUCGCUGCUGCCCAUCUACGAUCGCCUCACGCAGAUCCGCCAAGAGCUUGAGGGCUUGGUCCUCACGCACCGGUGGAGCCUGCGCGAGACGGACCUGUGGAAUUAUUCGUUAAGCUUGCAAGAGAUCGACAAGAUGCGUGUCGAUGGCAAGUUCGUCGAUCAGGAGGGGAAUCGACCGCCGGGCCAAUACGUCCUGCUGUAUCUCCUUCGUCGCUGCUACGGCCUCAUCUACCGCUUGUUGUCGUCCAGCGAACCGGUAUCGGAGGAGCUGAUGCCUGUCGCGAACAAGCUGAACACGGUCAAGAAGUGCUUGAACGAAGUCCUCAAAUAUGGCGGCCCGUUCAGCCCUCGCGAUUUGUACCCCUAUCAGCUAGCCCUCUUCCAGAUCGACUCCAUGCGAAAGGACGGCAAGUUCGUCGGCGAGGAGGGCAACAUCCCCGAGGGCCAAGGCAUCGUCAUGGCCCACCUCAACGAGUGCCACGAGCUCAUUGAGAUGCUCAAAGAAGCCAUGGACGAAGGUGACUACGAGGACGAAGAAGAGUACGACGAGUCCGGAGUCGAGGAGGAAGAGGAAGGCCCGCCUGACAGCUCCGCGGAGGACGAAGACGACGAGAACACGCCGCAGGCGGAUGCCAAGUCUGGCUCGCUUCCCGCGAGCGGGGCGCGUACACCGUCCGCGGAGGAUGCGUUGGCCAGCGGGCAGCAGACCCCGGCGAAGGAGCCGGUUGCGCAGGGAGCAUAGAGCCCUGGUUUGCUUCGGUCUUCCAAGUUUGCGCAAGCUUCCUCUGGCCUGCUUGGUAUGCUCUGCUCUGCGCAAAGAUAUACUCGUAUGUUGCACGGACAUCUUUACGAUGACUUGAUUUCCUUCUUGUUGCUGUUCUCCAUUCCAACAUCUUUCUUUCUUGAAUUCGUUCGACCACUUUCCCAAAAUUCGUCCGACCACCUUUCCUGAAUUCGUUCGACCAUCUUUUCCCGAAUCUGUAUGCACAUCUGUAUCGUAGGAGGCCAUGCGCGAAUGCGCGCGUAAUGAUUGUAUCGUUAGCGAUGCGAGAACCCAAUGAUUUCAUUC